UUGGACAGCCCUUUUACUGCGAACGAAUUUCACUGGGCUAUCAGUACCACGGCCUCUGGUAAAACACCGGGUCCAGACGGCUUACCCCUCGAGUAUUACAGGGUUGACUUGCCACUGUGGAGCCGUAUAAUGGAGGUGGUCUAUGCGGCGCAAUUCCAACGAGGACGAAUGACCAAGUUCCAGCGGCGAGCCCAAGUGUCGCUGCUAUACAAGAAAGGCGACCGCAAGCUCCCCAGUAAUUAUCGACCCAUUUCACUGUUGAAUGUGGACGCUAAGCUGGGGCCCAAAAUUCUGGCGCACCGUCUCGCGCUUAUACUGGACCGGCUUCUACACUCGGACCAG